AUGCAGCGCCUUCUCUGGCGGCAAGCCUCGCGCCCCUCGGCGUCGUCAUCGCCCUCGCUCUCGUCCCUCGCCGGCCGCUUCCAGCGCGCAUCGUACGCUUCCUCCCCCUUCGCCGCCCGAGCUGCCCCUACACCCUCCAGAGUCGCAACCCGCACCGCCCGGCGCUCCUACAGCUCCGAACCCCCCAAGGGCUCCAGCAGCAGCAUCAAGUUCUGGCCCUUCCUGGUCAUCAUUGCCCUGGGCACCGGAGGUUACGCCAUGGUAGUCAAGCAGAGAGCCGAAAUGCCCGCCAUCGACGCCCCCAAGAAAGCCGGCGAGCUCGGUGCUCCCGCCAAGUCCACCCCGACCUUCUCGGCCGAUGACGUGACCGUCGUCUUCGUGCUCGGCGGCCCCGGCGCCGGCAAGGGCACCCAGUGCGCCAACCUUGUCAAGGACUACGGCUUCACCCACCUGUCGGCCGGCGACCUGCUGCGCGCCGAGCAGGAGCGCCCCGGCUCGCAGUUCGGCGAGAUGAUCAAGGACUACAUCAAGAACGGCCUGAUUGUGCCCAUGGAGGUGACGGUGCAGCUGCUCGAGAACGCCAUGGUCGCCGACCUGGACAAGACGGGCAAGGGCGCCAUCGCCGGCCGCAAGGGCAAGUUCCUGAUCGACGGCUUCCCCCGCAAGCUGGACCAGGCCCACAAGUUCGAGGACGCCGUCUGCCCCGCCAAGAUGGUGCUCUUCUUCGACUGCUCCGAGAAGGAGAUGGAGGCCCGCCUGCUCAACCGCGGCAAGACCAGCGGCCGCAGCGACGACAACGCCGACAGCAUCCGCAAGCGCUUCCGCACCUUUGUCGAGACCAGCAUGCCCGUCGUCGACUACUUCGAGACCCAGGGCAAGGUCGUCAAGGUCAACGCCGAGCGCAGCCCCGUCGAGGUUUACAAGGACACCCAGAAGCGGCUCGAGGGCGUCCUGGGCAAGGGCUUCUAG